CAUUAUAUGACUUUAUCUUUGAAUUCAAGUCUUUUGAGUGUCAGGUAAAAGGAUUAAUAUGAAUAUUAACACUACUUUCAGCAAAGUAACUUUAUCAGAAUGGAAUGAGGAAAUAACAAACAGCCUAAUGCCAAACAUAAUCAUACUUUUCAUUUAUCUUGCUCUUGGUACAUGUGGAAACGUCUUUGUGUUGUUGGUUUAUGCGUUUCAGAUGAAGAAGCCAUCAGAAGAAAGAUAUUUCAUACCAAUUUUAGCGUUCUUCGACAUGAUAGCAACAAUAUAUCUUGGAGUUCAUUAUAUAUUUCAGUGCUUCUAUCAGACGAAAUUUUCAAACAACAUUCUAUGCAAAACACUCGUGUUUUUUGUUGGAAAUUUUAAUCAUUACUCGGUUCUCAUAUUAUUUAUUAUUGCAAUUCAGAGAUACAGGAAAGUAUGCAUGUCUCUGACACCAUCCAUGUCGACUACUAUGAAAAGAACUGCAUUAUUCCUAGUAAUUGGCGUAGCCUUUCUGUGUGCUUUACCAAUACCUUUUAUCUAUGGUACCAGUCCAUACCACAGCACUAAAUAUGGUAUCUCGGGAAUGAGAUGUGGAAGAUUGAAAAAAGGACAUGCUUUGAUCAAGACUUUAUCUUCGAUUGGAUUUGGUAUGUUCGUCUUUGUCAUAGUAACAUCACUUAUUAUCAUUUACGGCAAAAUUCUAAGAUCAGUGUAUCGUAGCUUAAAAGUACACAAAAAUGACACUAGCGCAAGUAAGAAAGAAAUGGAAAAGACCGAUGAAGACGAAAGUCAUACUGAUAUUGGUUGUAAAGAUAAAGAGAUGAUAUCCACAUCAAGCAUAACAGCAAAACAGUCAAUGAUACCAGAAACUAAUUCAGACUUUAAUGGACAGCGGGUCGUUAAAAGUCGUCCUGGAUCCCAAAACAUGGAAUCAGCUUCAACCAGACAACGGAGAAUACACAAUCGUCGUAUAACCAAUAAACUUACAGUUAUGUUUUUUAUUAUCACUAUAGUAUUUUUACUUUGUUAUAUACCAAAGGUGACAGUACUGUGUCUUGAAGGAAUCUACGAAGAUUUUUGGGAAAACCUGUCCACAUCACAAAGACCUGUUGUCACGUUCCUAUACCAUAUCUUCAUUUUCAACAAUAUAGUAAACCCUAUAAUCUACGCUUUUAUGGACAAAGAGUUUCGCGAUAAUGCAGCAAUUUUAUUGAAACGCAUGUUCAAUUCGUGUGUGAUAUCAAAUAUGUAGAUAAAACUAUAAUACGUUUGUUACGGAUUGCUUUUUUUUCAAUCAAACCGUUCUCAAUGAGUUGUGGGGAACAUGGAUUCUAUCAAGUAGACUGAAAAGUAAAAUAACAAAAAUACCGAAAUCCAAAGAAAAUUCAAAACGAAAAGUCCUUUAUCAAAAUGCCAAGCCAAAAUCUCAAACACAUCAAACGAAUAGAUAACAACUGUCAUAUUCCACAAAAAUGUAUUUUAAGUUCAUGAACUGUAAGUUUUAGUUCGCUUUGUUCAUUCCCUUUUUUUUCUGAAAGCAAAAUCGUAGAUUUCUAAAUCAGGGAGUAAACUUCUAUUCAUUUCACUUUCUACAAAAAAGCUGUAGUGGUGAACUAUAAUUGAUAAAGUACUACCGAACUAUGAACUAUUGACAUAAGCGUUAAACUCUGUUACCCCCAAAAUGCGAAUGUAUGAACGGUCAAUUGUAUUAUUGCAUGUCUUUGUUGCUUGGUUUUACAUUAAUAUUAUGAGAAGUAAAGCAGGUUUGAUUCAUCCCUAGAUCAUAUUACAUGUUCCUUUUAACACAGUAUGAGAACGGAACUGUACGUUUUAUUUAUGUUUUGGUCAUUCGGGCGUUUUUCAGUUUUGGCUUACUCCAAUAGCAAGUUGCUAAAUGUAAAGCUUUUAUUUGCAAACAUAUUACUAUAUUGAGUUUCUACUUAAGAAUCUUUAAACAAAAACAUGCGAAAUGUAUAUAUAUGUUUAUAUAAAAAUCCAUAUGCAUCCAAACGUUUUCUUUACAAUGGUUGAGAUCCAAGUAAACUGACAAAGGUGUUAGACAAAGCGAUUAAACCUGUAAAAAAAAAGAUAAACAACUUCUCGUUGUUUCCACAAUUUUGUCCUUUUCGGAAAUAUAAUCUUCCAUUUCUACAAUUUCAAUAUUCAUUGUUGUAUUUUAAAAAUAUGAUUAUUGUAAAUAUGCGAAAAUAUAUUGAUUUUUACUAUCACUUGCUCAAUAACUGUACAAUCGCUUAGCCAAACUCAUAAAGUAUCCUGCAUGUGUAUUUUAUUGUUUGCUCGAGCUCCUUGUGUAAAAUUGA